UUUUUCCUUUGUGACCACAUUUGCUACUGGUGACAUGUUUCCAGAUUGAUGUUAGAUUACAUUAAUAUUAGCAGUCCCAAUAAAUGAGAAGCUUCUUUUUUAAUCUCAGCAAUAAAUUUGUUAUAGCUUUUCAUUUAUGGUUUCUCCAACAUGCCACUCUCCCAUUCGUCCACACGCCUCUUCAGCAGUUGAACUAAUUAAUACUUCGCAUUCUCCCACGUACCAUGUUCAUCUUUUAUAUUCUUAAUUAUAUAAUGUAAUAAAAUACUUUCAAUAAUCUUCUUUAUUUUUUAAACACUCUUCAUUAUAUAAUAGAAAAAAUUGUUUUAAAGAAUGCCCUUUUCCAAAAGAAUACGAGGGAAUCGAAUCUUUUAAUUUUUUAUCAUUCAUUCCACUUCAUUUUUUCCUAUAUAUAUUAAUAGACAGUUGUUGUGGAGUUGCUAACUCAGCAAAACAAAGUAUGGCUUCUAUGCCUGGAGUUUUCAGUGAAUGGCCAUGGAAGCCUCUUGGAAGCUUCAAGCAUGUGGUAUUGGCUCCGUGGGUGAUUAACCACAUAUAUUCAAUCGUGGUAAAGGGAGAAAAAGAAAAUCCAAGCUAUUUAAUAUUCCCAUUUUUGUUGUGGAGGAUGGUUCACAACCAGCUUUGGAUCAGCCUAUCCAGAUAUCGGACAGCUAAAGGGAAUAACAGGAUCAUCGACAAAGGCAUUGAAUUUGAUCAAGUAGACAGAGAAAGAAAUUGGGAUGAUCAGGUCCUGCUAAAUGGAAUCCUAUUUUACGUGGGGGCGAUGGUUAUCCCGCAGGCGAAUCGAAUGCCAAUGUGGAGAGCAGACAGUAUAAUCAUAACAAUUCUGCUUCAUAUAGGGCCUGUCGAGUUUCUUUACUACUGGUUUCAUAGACUUCUUCAUCAUCAUUAUCUCUACUCUCGCUAUCAUUCCCAUCACCAUUCCUCCAUAGUUACAGAGCCCAUUACAUCUGUGAUUCAUCCUUUUGCAGAACACUUGGCAUACUUCAUCCUCUUCGCAAUACCAUUAUUGACGACGGUGCUGAGUGGAACCGCCUCAGUUGCAGCAUACUGUGGUUACAUUACUUACAUCGACUUCAUGAACAAUAUGGGUCACUGCAACUUUGAGCUCAUUCCUAAAUCCUUUUUUUCCAUUUUUCCACCUCUCAAGUACCUCAUGUACACUCCUUCGUUCCAUUCGCUUCACCACACUCAGUUCAGAACAAAUUACUCGCUUUUCAUGCCAAUCUAUGAUUACAUCUAUGGAACCAUGGACAAAUCUUCAGAUUCCCUUUAUGAAAGCUCCCUUAAAAGGCAAGAGGAAAUCGCUCAUGUGGUGCACCUGACCCAUAUGACUACACCGGAUUCCAUAUAUCAUCUACGGCUGGGAUUUGCCUACUUGGCCUCCAUCCCACAAUCAUCCAAAUGGUACCUUUGGUUAAUGUGGCCUGUUACCCUUUGGACUAUGAUCUUCGCUCGGAUUUACGGUCGCACUUUUCUACUCGAGAGGCAUCGAUUUGACAAACUCAGAUUGCAAACUUGGGUCAUACCCAAAUACAAAAUCCAAUACACCAUACAAUGGCAAAAUGAAUCUAUUAACAAAAUGAUUGAACAAUCCAUACUCGAAGCAGAGGCAAAAGGCGUUAAAGUGUUGAGUCUUGGGCUCUUGAAUCAGGGGGAGGAGCUGAAUAGGUAUGGGGAGGCAUACAUGGUGAAGCAUCCAAGGUUGGGAAUAAAGGUGGUGGACGGAAGCAGUCUAGCAGUAGCAGUUGUGCUUAAUAGCAUUCCGAAAGGGACAACCCAACUUCUGUUUAGGGGAAGGCUGAGCAAGGUUGCUUUUGCUGUUGUUUUGGGCUUGUGUCAGAGGGGAAUUCAGGUAGCAACAACCCUCAAGGAAGAUUACGAGAAGCUGAUUAAGGCAUCACCCAACAGCGAGUGUGGCAAAAACGUGCUUCUUUCAAAAAACUAUUCGCUAAAGACGUGGCUAGUAGACGAUGGGUUGAGGGAAGAGGAGCAAAAGAAGGCAAGUAAAGGAACGGUAUUCAUUCCAGUGUCCCAAUUUCCACCGAAGAAAGCACGCAAUGACUGCUUCUACUACAGUACACCCGCAGUGGUAGCUCCCUCGGCUCUUGAAAAUGUGGACUCUUGUGAGAAUUGGUUGCCAAGAAGGGUGAUGAGCGCAUGGCGGGCAGCAGGAAUAGUGCAUGGGCUGGAAGGAUGGAAUGUGAAUGAAUGCGGAUACACCAUGUUCGACGUGGACAGGGUUUGGCAAGCUACUCUCUGCCAUGGCUUUAAACCUCUACUGCUUAUACCCUCCACUCAAUUCUAAAUAUUGGGUUCCCCACCAAUUUAAUGCCUCAUUUUGCUGCUGCUGCUGCUUUUUCAUUUCCAGACAUAUAAAGCUGUGCCUUAAAAGCUUACCAACCCCCCCACACGCAAAACUUCACAUAUAUAUAGCAUAAGCUUGGGAUCUUUCUUUUCUAAAAUAAAGCUGCUAAAGCCUUUAAUAUAUAUAUAUAUAUAUAUAUAUAUAUAUAUAUAUAUAUAUAUAUUAUUAUUAUUAUUAUUGUGGAUGAAUGAAAUGAAAUGAGGCUCGCCAUUUAUCUGUUAAUGUAAUACUCUCUCUGUGUAUGAUCUUAGUCCAUCACGCUUCCAUUCA